GACAUUGUAGUUCUACAGUGCCACCUUGUGGUCUGUUCUGCUUUUAUUUUGAAGAGCGCCGUUUUCUUCUUCUGAUGUUUUUGUGAUGAUAAACUUCCUGCUACUCUCUCUUCACAAUGUGGCGCUCACGCAUCGUCGGAGGAACAGUAAGAACUUGUAAACACAUUAGUUAUUUAUCAUGUUCAUCCAUUUGAAUCCUGCAAGGAAAGAGUUUGCAUUGUGAUUUACUUUAUUAUUUUUGUAUUGUUCGUACCUGUUAUUUCUCAGAGCUCUGAACUGUGAGGGUGUGUCGAGCUAGCUGAUGGUGGAAACUCUUUAAUAAGUGUGUAUUAUUAUCAGAUGGGAUUUUGUUUAAGGAAAAAGAGAAUGUCAUUACUUCAUUUGUUCAUGAGUUAAUUGCACAUGUCAUCAGGAUAAAAGCAAUAUAUUCUUUCUGUGAACAAUUAUAAUAUAUUGUAUUUCAUUUAAAAGAAGCAUAUGAUACAUUUGUCAUAAUAGCUUAAAAACAAUUUUUUUUCAUAUUUCAUAUUGGUUAUUAGUUGGUUAAAAUUAUUUGUAUUGGGUGUAAACAUGAUUUAUAUGUGAACAUGAUUUAUGUGCGAAUUAUUUGUGAAACUCCAGAGAAGCAUUUUGUAUUUCUUCAGUUUUAUUCUGUAGUUUUUACGGUGUUCAUGAUGCUUAUGGUGCAUGGUGCUCGUUGAGAGGAAGAAAUAAAUCGACACCCGUUUGGAACUCUCUGCGUCUUGAUCAAUAAAUCCAAGGGGCCGCUACAGUGAAAACUCAUCGCUGCACCAGCCCUGCCAUCCCCUGGUGAGAAGCUGACACCAUCACAUCCGAGGUCCAACUACCAACCUGAAACCAGCCAGUUUACUUUGCUUGCAUCCAGCUUCUGCACCCAGGCAAGACUUAAAAUGGACGGCAUGCUUAAGGUACAACUACAGAUGCAAAAAGAGACACUGGAUGCCAAGGAGCAAAAAGGCUGAAAAAGGACAAUUUCUACACACGCGAGCUUACAGCAUAACUGAAGUGACUUAAAUAAUAACAUGGUAUUGUAAGGUCAAAAUAAUUUGCGAGCUAAUUCUCAGUUCCUAACACUUCUAAAAAUGGUGACUACUUCAAGAAAACUGGCCCAUGUGCUUGUGUCAUGUCUAUUUAUGAAAAUGUUUGAAGGGUGAAGUGCUUUAGCUAUUGAUGCUUGCAGCGCUUAUUUCUGACAAUUUGUUGUUACUGUUUUAUGCUAAAAAUCCUUUUGGGUGUCCAUAAUCUGUUAAUGCUUGACAUAAAUAUUACUCUGUGGUAAAAGAUAACUACAGUUUACAAGUGUAAAUUGAGGCAUAGGACAAUAGGACAAUUACACUCGACUUAAAGCAGCAGCACAAACAAACAAGAUGUCACUCCCGACAGAGAAGACAGACAAUCCUUAAGACACACCAUUCAGGUCCAGCUCACGUGAAAGAAAGCAAACAGAGAAAGGCCAAGAGAUGCAUGACCAAGACACCAAAAAACGUGAGAAAGCCUUUAACAAGACCUAUGACUCUUGGAAGCUGGUAGCAAGGGAGACUUGGACAAAACUAAAAACCCUCUGUUCAUCAGAAGACCUUAAUGAAUUACAGCAAGACAUUCAAGCAAAGCAUGAUAACGUAGGCCAGCAGUAUGAACCUAUCCUAUGUAGCAGUAUGAACCUAUCCUAUGUAACAGUAACACCACACCAGAGAUUGCAAAAAAAAUGGAUGCCUGUGUUACGCUAACAAAAGAAAUUUGUGACCUCAUAAGUAACCGUCUAGAGACAAUGAAUCAAGAUUAUAAUGACCAACUUUAGAAGGAAAGGGUAAGAGAAACAUUAAACAAAGAUGAAUAUGGGUCUGUCUUUGGCCACACCAAAACUGAAAUGGUAAGCUCAGCAGAGUCACCGGAGAGAUUGAGCAACCACUCCAGCUCAGCCAGUUCCCACAGCAGUAGAGUAGAUGCAAAAGCAGAGCUUGCGGCUAAGCUGGAACAAUCAAAAGCCAUGAAAGAAAUCCAAGCACAGCAAGCACAUCUUCACAAGUUAGAGAGUGAAUGGAAACAAAAUAGAAUAAAAUAGGCAAAAAUGUUGUCAGAAAUUAACCAAAAAGAGGUGGAAAUGCAACAACAGUUGGAACAAGAGAGAGCAAAAUUGCAGCAGUUACAAGCAGCAAAAGACGUUGCUAUAGCAGCAGCUCGUGUGAGAGUAUAGGACGAUUUUGAGAACCAUGAUGAGAAGAUUAAUGACAAAACUAACUCUGCUUGCUACAGAAUGGAAACUCUGACAAGGACCCAGGAGUCUGUCAGUCUAGCCCAAGCAAUCGCCAGCUCAUUAAGCAUGAACCGCUUGCCGGUCCCUGAACCAACCACGUUCAGUGGUGACCCUUUACGGUUUACUGAUUGGAAGAUGUCAUUCAUAGCUCUUAUUGACAGAAAAACCCUCCCACCAAGUGAGAAGAUUUUUUAUCUCAAAAAUUAUCUUGCUGGAGAGGCACGCAAAGCUGUAGAAGGUUUCUUUUAUCGAGAUUCAGAGAACGCAUACAAUGGAGCAUGGGAAGUCUUACAGUACAGAUAUGGGAACCCGUUCAUCAUACAAAAGGCUUUCCAAGAUAAGCUCUUGAGAUGGCCAAAGAUCAACACAAACGACCCACUAGCACUACAAGAGUUCACUGACUUCCUCCAAGGCUGCACUGAGGCGAUCCCACACGUCAAGGGACUAGCUAUCCUUAACGAUUGUGAGGAAAACCACAAGUUGUUCAAAAAACUACCAGAAUGGAUCGUACGCAAGUGGAGUCGAAUUGUUGUAGAGGAACUUGACACAUCUGGAAGCUAUCCAGAUCUUGCAUGCUUCACAAAGUUCCUGAGCAAAGAGGCACGGAUAGCUUGUAACCCUAUUGCUUCUCCAUUGUUGAUAAAUUUCAAGGCCACAGAUGAAAGAUCACCAAAGAGAGCCAAAGUUCUCAACACAAAUACACAAACAAAGAGUUUCGCUCAGGAGAAACAAGAAACAAACGGCAGUAAACCAAAAUCACCUUGCUCCGGCUGUAAAAGUGAAGCUCAUAACAUCACCAAGUGUCCCACCUUCGCAGCAAAGAGUGGUGAAGACAAAAAGGCAUUCAUCCAUGAAAAUCGACUCUGCUUUGGGUGCCUGAGAAAGGGUCACAUAACCAAAGAUUGUAAGAGGCGACACACAUGCAACAUAAGCAGCCGUCGUCACCGAACCUGCUUGCACGAAGACAGAAAACAAAGACCUGUGGAAGCAACAACGAAUAGCUCCACUUCCACAGGAAAACAUGCAAGCUUGGAAACACACAAGGUCGUAUCCCAUACAUCAACACAACAUGCUUCUGCUACCUCAAGUAUCGUCCCAGUCCUUGUGUCUUCAAUACAAGAGCCACACAGAGAAGUACUUACAUAUGCAAUACUGGACACACAGAGUGACUCAACGUUGGUCUUAGAAGAUGUACUCGACAAACUGAAUGUUGAUGCCCAACCAGUAAAACUGAAACAUAGUGUGACGGCUAUUGACACAAUCAUAUCUAGCAAGAACGUCCAUGGUCUACAAGUUCGAGGACUGCACUCUAAGAACCACAUCCAAGUACAGCAGGCCUACAGCCGUGACUUUAUCCCAGUGGACAAGUCUUACCUCCCAACGAAGGAAACAGCAUUACUGUGGCCUCAUCUCAGACACUUGGUAGAUAACCUACCACCCCUUCAAGACUGUGAUGUAGGGCUCCUGGUUGGAUAUGACUGUCCAUCAGCACUAGCUCCUCUUGAGGUUAUCAUUGGUGACAAAAAUCAACCGUUUGCACAGAGACCAGAACUAGGAUGGGGUAUCAUAGGCUCAUCAAACCCCCACCUAGACAGACAAGGAAGUCAGAGCUUUGUGCAUCGGCUCACAGUAAAAGAAUUGCCAAUUCAAUCGGGGACAGAUGUUCUAAAAGCCCUAGAAUCAGACUUCACCGAGACCCAACCUACCAAACAACAAGAGGCUAGCCACAGUUCGCCUGCAGUGUCUUAAGAAGAAAUUAAAGCCCAAUAAACAAUAUUAUGAUCAAUACAAAACUCAUGGAAGAAACAAUUAACAAGGGUGAUGCAGAGCCUGCCCCUACAACAUCUGAGGGAGAGACGGAGUGGUACCUUCCGCAUCACCGGCAUCUAUCACCCCAGAAAAUCAGACAAGCUGAGAGUCGUAUUCGAUUGUUCGGCCAAAUUCCAUGGUGUUUCUCUAAACGACACUCUACUAACUGGGCCUGAUCUUAUCAAUCCUCUGGUAGGAGGCCGUAGCGAUCAUCUGUGAUAUCGCAAUAAUGUUUUAUCAGUUCUCCGUCACUCGUGAAUCCCAGAAUUAUCUGAAAUUCCUCUGGUGGAAAGGUGGAGAUUUGGAGAAGGAACCACAGGAAUGCAGGAUGAUGAGUUCAUCUCUUCGGAGCCGCCUCGUCUCCCGGAUGUGCCAAUUUUGGCUUAAAACAUCUGGCACGGCAACACAAAGCUACCUAUCCACUUGCAUCAACAUUUGUGGAGAAAAACUUUUAUGUUGAUGACGGGCUAGUCAGCGUCCCAUCGGUCGAGGAAGCCAAGUAACUGAUCACUGAGUCACAGGAGUUGUGCAAAACAGGAGGCCUACGCCUUCAUAAAUUCAACUCAAAUGAGGAAGCAGCCCUCGCCUGCUUAGAUCCCUCAGAAAGAGCAGCAACCAUCGAACCUCUAGGACUGGAUCCAACCCUAUCAGAGCGUGCACUCUGCAUUCAAUGGUCGAUUUAAACUGACACUUUCAGCUUUAACAUCAGCUUGAAAGAUCAGCCUUCAACCCGGCGUGGUUGCCUGUCUGUCAUUGCCUCUCUUUAUGACCCACUUGGAUUCAUCGCUCCAUUCAGUCUAACUGGAAAGCGUAUACUUCAUGAGCUGUGUCACAGAGGCAUCGGAUGGGAUGAUCAACUCCCAGAAGAAAUGAGGCCACGGUGGGAGGAGUGGAUAAAUGGUCUUCACAAGUUAAAAGAGGUUUCAAUUCCGAGAUGUUACCACCCAUAUGACUUCCAUAACAUUGUCAGAGUAGAGUUGCACCAUUUUUCGGAUGCCGGAUGCGUGGGAUACAGUGCAUGUUCUUACCUCAGGUACAAAAAUGACAAGGAUGAAGUCCAUUGCAGUCUCGUGUUGGCAAAAGCAAGGGUUGCACCCUCAAAGGUCACAAGUAUCCCGAGACUAGAACUCGCGGCAGCUGUGGUUUCUACAAAAGUCAGUGUCAUGUUAAAAGGUGAACUUGACAUAAAGAUGGAUGAAGAGGUUUUCUGGACAGAUUCACAAGUUGUGCUUGGGUACAUUAACAAUGAUGCCCGUAGGUUCCACAUAUUUGUUGUGAACCGUGUUCAGCUGAUAAGGGAUAACAGUGAUCCCAGUCAGUGGCACUAUGUGGACACCGCAGAAAACCCGGCUGAUCACGCAUCCUGAGGUCUUCGUGCUUCAGACAUUCAUUCAACAAACUGGCUGCGAGGACCGAAGUUACUCUAGGAGCGUGAAUUACAUCUUACACCCAGAGCUCCAUCAGAAUUACUCGUUGGUGAUCCUGAAGUCAGGACAAUUCACGUGCUUGCAACGGAAGUCAAAAACUGCAAUGACAUCCUUGCAAUGACAGCUUGAUUUUCACAUGUCUGUACUCUAGAGCUGUUCAUAUCAAAAUGCUCAAAGAUUUGUCAACAGACUCAUUCAUCAACUCAUUGAGAUGCUUCAUCAGCCUGAGAGGAGCUGUUCAACAACUACUCUGUGACCAAGGCUCUAAUUUUGUUGGUGCCAGAAAUGAGCUCAAGGAAGCACUUAAACAAUGUGACACUAAGCUACUGGAAAUCUUCCUGACUCAGAAGCAGUGCGAAUUUGUCUUCAAUGCUCCCUCUGACAGUCACGCAGGUGGUGUCUGGGAACGCCAGAUCAGAACUGUUAGAAAUGUGCUGAAUGCCACCUUUGCACAGUGCCCAGGUCGACUUGAUGACGCCUCCCUCAGAACACUGCUAUAUAAGGCCAUGGCUAUUGUUAACAGCCGCCCAUUAACACUGGAUGGAAUCAAUGAUCCUCAGGCACUGGAGCCUAUAACACCGAAUCACCUCAUUAUGAUGAAAUCUAAAGUUGCUCUUCCUCCCCCUGGAGUAUUUCUCAAAGAGGACCUGUAUGCGAUAAAGAGGUGGAGAAGAGUUCAGUAUCUUAUCGAACAGUUUUGGUGCCGCUGGAAAAAAGAAGUAUCUGUUGAACAUAUCCAUGAGACAGAAAUGGCACUUACCUCAGCGCAACCUCAAAGUGAAUGAUAUUGUCAUUAUUAAAGAAGAAAUCAGUGGCAACUUGGACAAGUGAUUGAGACUGUUCAAAGUAGCGAUAGCUUAGUUCGUCGAGUUAAAGUGAAAGUUGGGGAGAGGAAACCUCAUAAAAAACAAGAUCUUCCCUCCAAGCCCUCAGUUAUUGAGAGACCAAUCAAAAAAUUGGUGCUCCUUCUUGAGAACUGAUUAGAAGAAAGCGAUUGACAACACUACACACUGCUUUAUUAUCCAUGAUGCUAUAUAGUUACACCUCUGAUAGCUUAACUUGAGGCUAUUCAUUUCAUACAGUCAAGAAAUCCUGUACAAUUCAUUUACUUCAUUCAUUUGUGUAUUUGUUCAUUCAUUGUACUAGGAUUUGGUGGGAGUGUAAAUGUCUGAUAAAUCGCAUUAAUAUUCUCCUACACAGUAUUAUUUUUAUGCGUUAACAAGACAUUGUAGUUCUACAGUGCCACCUUGUGGUCUGUUCUGCUUUUAUUUUAAAGAGCGCCGUUUUCUUUUUUUGAUGUUUUUGUGAUGAUAAACUUCCUGCUACUCUCUCUUCACAAUGUGGCGCUCACGCAUCGUCGGAGGAACAAGAGACUAGCCCGCAUUGAGGAGAUAGACAGCGCUGAACAGAGACGGGGUGGGGCCACACGGCGCUCAUUGAACCCUGGGAAGGAAGGACCGAGAGAGGAGGAGAGGAGAGGCCGCUCGCCUGGUCACGUUGCCCGGGCGCGGAGCAGCGUCAGCGGCGACGCUCUGCGGAGGAAACGGCGCCCUCUUCAAAGAAAGACACAGCACACGGGUUGGAGGGUAGCAGACAGACAUGUACUGCAGCCGGGCAAGGGUGAGGGGGUGGGGGUUCACAGAGGUGGUUACACGGCCUGUCACAGAGGACACCACGAUAAUGCAAAAUAAUGCAAAUAAAGCAACAAAUAAUACAUAAACUCUCUCUCUAUCUCAGACACACACACACACACACACACACAACACACACACACACAGUGACAUAGGCUACAUGAAUGGAUAUUCAUAAUAUAAUGGGAUUUGGACUGUAUAGAUGACAAAUGAGCUUCCCAGUGAUCUGUUUAGCUGUGUUUACAACAAUUAGUGAUAUAAAUGAACCUAUAAUGGUGUUGUACAAUCUGAAUUCAAGUUGUAGUAGCAUUAGUUUUUAAACACACUUUAAUACAAAAAAACAAUAAGAAAUGUUCCUACAGAUACAUGUGGGCAGAAAUUUGUAUCUUUUAUAUUCAAACUGGUAUCAGGACACAUGGGUAAAUAUGAUGGGUUCACAGUGUACAUCUAUGUUUUGGAUGUGAGGCAGAUUACACUCAGGCCCCAUCUAUCACAGGGUAAAACAAUCAGACACACAUUUACACUUACAUAGGUGUGUGCUGCAGAAGUUUACAAUUUAUCCAACCUGCAUGUCAUUGGACUGUGGGAGGAAACAGCAGCACCUGGAGGAAACCCGCUGACACAGCCAGGAGACUGCACACAGUACAAACCUGAAACCAGGAGCUUCAUUCUGUGUGGAUGCAUGAAGGCGUCAUUGUGCAUUCACAAUGUACAGACCUCGCAGGUUAGCAACAAUAACAACAAAAAACUGUUUAUUAGGAAAACAGUCUAUUGCAUACCGAUACAACAGCCUUACAGUAUAAUGUAAUAAUAAAUAUAAUAUUUACUUGUUUUCAUGUCUUUAAUCUUCUGCUCUAAAUUACUGACCGAUGUUAUUGAUGCGUAGAAAUAUUACAAGGUAUCAACAAGAAGUUAAUCAACCUCUGAGAAUGAACAAAUGUGUAAUUGUUUGUAAAAUAUAACUGUUGAAAUACAAUACUAACAAUUACCUUUAGACCCUAUAAAAUGUAUAUUUGUACAAUUAAUGAAGCUUCCCUACAUUUUCUCGGCUAUAUUAGAAAUUCUAUAAAUGUUAAAGGAAAUCAUAGUUCUUCAAAUUAAUUAUGAUAUUGAUUAUGAUAUUUAUUCAAAGGUUGAUAAAUGUUAUAGGAGCCCAUCGGCUCUGUUGCUGUUAGGUCUGUUAAACACUAGGUGGCAUCAGUCUUCUAACUCUGAGAGGCAGGUUGGGAUUUCAGUGCUGUCAAACCAAAUAAUUGCAUCAUUCUCAGACAUUAAUUCACAUGAUAUGUUUAAUAAUGAAUCUUUCAUUCCUGAUGUGUUAUUAUGAUAUAGGUUGAUUGUAGGAGCCAUUUUCUGGCAGUAAAUUGCUGAAUAACAUAAUUAUAAUUCUAUAUUCUACAUAUAAAUUAAAAAAUAACUAUUCUGGACUGUGACAAACAUUUCUGGAUUUAAAUAGGUGUUUACUGUUUAUUGUGGACUGUCCAUCUUAAAAUGUAUUAUGUUGUGACCUUAUUAAAAACACUAACAUGC